CUGGUCGCUGCAAGGGAAGGAUCUGUACUUGAAGAUCACCUCCUUUAGAUUAUUUAGUGAGGCCUGAUCUUUGGAAGGGGAGUGCUUGCAGAUUUGCUGGGGAGAAGUGCUACAUAAGGAUUCAAGAUUGUUGAAUGAACAAGUAUCACUCUGUUUCCAUAGCCUGGCCAUCUUAUGGGCAAGUAGAGAGCUGAUGACCAAAUCAAGAUGCUGUAAGGUGGGGAGAGUGAAUCCGGUGUGAACUGCGAAUCGACCAAGCGCUGAUGAAGGAGCAGCCACAGCGACUGCUGAGAAUCCAUCCUUCUUUAUUUCUGAAUGGCUCCCAGUUUCCCAUCUUACAUCUGAUUUGAAUUGAUGGUGAGAGGAAGCAUAAGGUAUAUCUCGUUCUGUUUGGACUCCUUGUUUACAGAAGAGUGAUGGAGAUGCUAUUAAGCACAAAGAGGAUCACCAUAUGCCUGUUUUUCUUUGUACUGAGUUUGGCAGCUGCUAUUGAAAUACCGUUAUCAGUUCCACAGCUUCCAACAAUCAAGGAGCAAUCUGAAACCCAGGUUGCCUACCCUUUUGAUGAGAACUUUACAAUUAAAUGUGAAGCCAGUGGAAACCCACAGCCCACUUUCAACUGGACAAAGGAUGGAAAACCAUUUGAUCUGUCAUCUGAUCCCAGAAUAAUCACACGUAACAACUCUGGGACAUUUGUGAUUCAGAACCAUGGAAUCAUCACCAAUUUUCAAGGGAAAUACCGUUGCUAUGCAUCCAAUGUGCUGGGAACUGCCAUGUCAAAAGAAAUUGAACUCAUUGUUCCAAAUGUACCAAAAUUCCCUAAAGAAAAAAUUGAGCCCCUUGACGUGGAGCAUGGUGAUUCUGUGAUCUUGCACUGUAACCCCCCAAAAGGGAUCCCACCUUUGCAUAUCUAUUGGAUGAAUAUUGAUUUGCAGCACAUUCCUCAAGAUGAAAGGGUCUCCAUGAGCCUUAAGGGAGAUCUCUACUUUGCAAACGUGGAAGAAAAUGACAGCCGAAGUGAUUACUGUUGCUUCGCAGCAUUUCCAAAACUGAGGACAAUUGUACAGAAAAUGCCAAUGACACUGAAGGUUUCCCGCUUUAAGCAUGCUAAUGACUCAGGCUCACCUAAUGCUGCAGUUACUAAGGCAAAUUUUAUUAAAGAAAGAAAACCCAAACUGCUGAUCCCUCCUGAAUCUGCUGGCAGCAGCUCAUCAGUCACUGUUAUCAAGGGAGGUGUCCUGCAACUCGAGUGUAUUGCUGAAGGGCUCCCAACUCCUCAUCUAAGCUGGGUCAAAGUUACUGAAAACUUGCCCAAGGACAAACCUGUAACAGAUAAAUUUGGGAAGGUACUGAAGAUAGAGAACGUGUCUGCAGCUGAUGAAGGAACCUACCAGUGCAUGGCAAGCAACCCUGUGGGCAGAGCAAAACAUGAAUUCCAUGUUCAUGUAGAAGAGCCUCCUCGGUGGAUUAAGGAGCCCAGAGGUGGUGUUUACAGCUUAGGAGAGAAUCUUUUGCUGCUUUGUGAGGCCAUUGGCAACCCAGAGCCAACCAUUCAGUGGAAACUUAACGGGAUGCCCAUUGAUAGUAGGACCUUCAGAGGGCGAGUCUCUGAUGGGGAGCUCAGCCUUACCAACCUUCAGCUUCAGGACACUGCUGUGUACCACUGUGAGGCCAGUAAUAAGCAUGGUACCCUCCUUGCUAGUGCCAACGUGAAUGUCCUCAAUAUUGCUCCCUUAAUCCUGACUUCAGAUGGUGAAAACUAUGCUGCAGUUGUUGGUUACAGUGCCUUCCUGCACUGUGAAAUUUUUGCCUCACCUGCAGCAGAUGUUAGAUGGACUAAGGAUGAUAGCAUAGAGCCACUCUCAGCGCUACGCUAUGAAUUAAAUAAAAAUGGCACCCUAGAAAUCAAAGAAACAAAGAAGGAAGAUGCGGGAUCAUACGCUUGUUGGGUUGCAAAUUCUGUUGGAAAAAGAGCAAUCACAGCAAAUCUGGAUAUAAGAGAUGCUACAAAAAUUGUCAUUACUCCAAAGAACCCCCAAGUGUUGAAAUCACAUUCAAUUUUAUUGAAAUGUCAGUCUGAGUAUGAUUCACACUUGAAAAACAGCUUCAAAUUAUCCUGGAGGAAAGAUGGAUAUGAGCUGUCAGUCAGCAGCAUACAAGACAGCAGGAUAAUUAUGGACAUGGACACGCUGUUCAUAUCAAAUGUGAUGCCGGAGGAUCAAGGCAUUUACACGUGUGUGGCUAGCACUUCUCUUGACAGUGUCACUGCCAAAACGCGGUUAAUUGUUCUUGAUGUUCCUGACCCACCGGAAGACCUGCAGCUCUCAGAACAUCAAAACCGAAGUGUUCGACUGUCUUGGAAAGCUGGGGCCAGCCACAACAGCCCUGUUAAUGAGUCGAUUAUAGAGUUUGAAGAGAGCCGGUGGGAGCCGGGGAGGUGGCAGGAGCUGGCCCGAGCCCCAGGGAACACCACCACCACCCUCCUGUCCCUGGCCCCAUACACCAAUUACCAGUUCCGUGUCGUGUCUGUGAAUGCUGUCGGAAGGAGCCAGCCCAGUAAACCAUCGCUGCGCUACCUAACACCUCCGGCUGCUCCAGACAAGAACCCAGAAAACAUCCGAGUUGAAGCUUCUGAACCAAAUGAAAUGGUGAUGAAAUGGGAGCCACUGAAGUCCAUGGAGCGAAACGGGCCGGGGCUGGAGUACAAAGUCAGCUGGAGGCAGCGGGGUGUUGAGACUGAAUGGAAUGAAGAAACAGUGAAGAAGCACUCCCUGACCCUGAGGAACACCCCCACUUUCGUGCCCUACGAGAUCAAGGUCCAAGCAAUAAAUAAUUUAGGAGCUGGGCCUGAGCCAAAUAUUACCACUGGAUAUUCGGGAGAGGACAUUCCAGAUGCCGCUCCUUCCGGCGUCUCGGUGGAUAUUGUCAACAGCACGCUGGUCAAAGUCUUCUGGUUUGGAAUACCAAGGGACAGAGUUCGUGGACAUUUAAGAGGCUAUAAGGUCAGUUGGUGGAAAACAAAAAGCAUGCUGGAUGGAAAAAGGCAUCAUCCGGAGAAACACUUCCUGACGUUUGUAGGAGACAGAAACUACGGGAUGAUCCCUGGCCUGGAUCCCUUCAGCGAGUUCCGCUUGACUGUGCUGGCAUACAACUCCAGGGGUGAUGGACCAGAAAGUGCUCCUGUGGUGUUUGAAACUCCGGAAGGAGUCCCUGAACAGCCCCGUUUUCUGAAGAUCCUGAACUUUGACAAGGACUCUGUCACCCUGUCGUGGGGACUUCCCAAGAGAGCCAAUGGCCACAUUACUGGCUACAUUUUGCAAUACCAGAUAAUAAACGAAACACACGAGAUUGGGCCUCUGAUGGACAUCAGCGUGGCCAACCACACCACGCUGAGCUGGAGGCUCACUGACCUCAGCCCCAGCACCAAGUACAAGUUCUACGUCAAGGCCUGCACAGCCAAAGGCUGUGGGAAGCCAGUGACAGAAGAAGGGCUGACAGUGGCUCAAGGGAGUAAAGGGAUCGGCAAGAAUUCAGAAGCAGUAAACCCCACCCAAAAGUUUCACCCCAUUGAGGCACUUGAGCCUGGAACUGAAUAUACAGUUCGUCUAGUGACUAAGAAUUGGGUUGAUAACAAUAGCAUUUUUGAAGAUGUAAUUGAGACGAGGGGGAGAGCCUACGCAGGCAUUUACGAUGGGAUUUCCACCCAGGGCUGGUUUAUCGGACUGAUGUGUGCCAUUGCCUUGCUCACUCUGAUGCUGCUAACUAUUUGCUUUGUCAGAAGAAAUAAAGGAGGAAAAUACUCAGUGAAAGAAAAAGAAGAUUUGCAUCCAGACCCUGAAGCUCAAUCAAUAAAAGAUGAAAUCUUUGGGGAAUAUAGUGACAGCGAUGAAAAGCCGCUGAAAGGCAGCCUGCGGUCCGUUAACGGGGACAUUAAAGCCACCGAAAGUGCUGAUAGUCUGGUAGAUUAUGGAGAAGGGGAGCACGGGAUGUUCAAUGAAGAUGGUUCAUUUAUUGGAGCUUAUUCUGGAUCUAAGGAAAAAGGAUCAGUCGAAGGCAAUGGGAGCUCUACAGCAACUUUUCCUCUCCACGCAUAAAAUUCUAGUGAGAAGGUUCAUGUUUAAUUGUGAUAUUUAUAUUGAUCAGUACUCCACAGUUACCAGAAGGGAUUGGAAGCAGGUUGCCAACUGAGCAAGACUGACAUCAGGUAAUUGGAAAAAAAGUCACUGCCACUAAGAGAUGAUUUUUGAGACUUUUCCAUCCUAAUUUGUAGGUAUUUUCUUCUAAUUGAAACAAAAGAAAGCAUUCUUUACUGUACAAAAUAUGUCAGUCUUACCAAAACAGAGUUUCUCAGUGUCACAUACGUAUGAUUAACUGCUACUCCAUGUUUCUUACGUUUGUAAUGCCGUUCUCUGUAUAGUAUUAUUUUUUUCCUUCUGUGGCUGUUGUCACUUUGUACAUACAUUUAUGCGUGGUAUUCCCUCGUGUAUCAUGAUCUCAGUAUUACAGAGGUCAGAACACAGCAAGGAAAGUGAGCAAAAGUGCAGGGUACUCUGCAUAGUGGCACAAUGCAUCCUACUGAGAAAAAUGAUAUUUUAAAACACUGGAGAAAAAUAUUCCCUAUAUUGUAUAAUAUUUUCAUACAGGCAUAAACUCCUUUGCUUAUGAUACUCUAAAAUUGUUCUAGUGGUUACAGCUGACUGCAAUUACCAGUGCAACUUUCUCCGCAGAAAAUCUGCUCUCAGAAGAUGAAGCUCUGGCCUUGUGGAUGAUCUGUCCAGUAGCUGGCACUAUUUCCUUAAAUAAGUUAAGCUGCAGUAACUUUCCUGUGGCAAGGUGAAACAGGGUUCCCAUCCACCAUCAUUAGAAGGAAUUUUAAUUUGUUUUCCUCAGUCUCUGCAAGCUGCAUUUCUAAGCAAAGUGCUUUGUCUGUCUCAUAUCUGUAUAUUUGUGUGCUAGCAUACAUUUCAUGGAGAUGUUGUACAGAUGAUAUUAAUAGUGACACAAGUGAAAAUCAGCCUUGUUUUAUUUUGAAAUGAGACGUGUUGCUAGCAUGGGUCUGUAUAGCUGUGUAGGAAUAGAAUUGCUUCUCAGUAUGACUUUCAACCAGCAAAACAGGAUUUCAGCAGAGUUGUGUGUAUACCGGUCAUAUAAGUCAUCUUUUUAGUAUCCCAUAAAAUAGAUCUACCUGACUUUCAAAAAGUUGUUUAUUUUCAAAUUAUUCGUUGUUAAAUAAACAGAAGCAAAAGCAAAGAGAAAAUACUACAGUACAGUUUCUUUAUAUUGUGUUUACUGAGUGCUGGUUUAAAUCUGGUUCUGUUCUUUGCCAGCGCUUCCCACGACUAAAUCAGCAAUGUUGCCCAGCACAUUUUUUUUGAUCUUUUUGUAUUGGAACCUCCUGAUCUUCUUAAAACAUUUGUAUUUUGAAACAUGCUUAUUUGAGUUGACUGUUAAUAUUGCUUUAUUACUUUUUCAACUUACAAGUCAUCAUCGCUUCAAUUAAAAUAUUUUUGGAACAGUUAUUCAAGGAGGUCCUAAAAGCCAUUUUAUGUCAUGGUAUUAAUUAGGCAAAUAUCCCUGAUGGCUCCUUCAUGGUCUCCCUUACUUCAGUGGAAGAAAGAAAGGAAGCAAGAAUUACUCAAAUGAUCAUGGGUCUACAGACAACCCCCACAACUAAAGCUCUGUUGAUUGUGCACAGAAGUGCACUUUCCUAACGAUGGAAGGGCCGUGGACUACAGGCAGCUACUUGUGCAUGGUUUCUGAACACAGGAAAGGGCUUUGGUGCUUGAUGUUCCUGUCUAUCCAUUCCUCAUUUAUUUGUUUUGCAUUUUGCUUUUAAGGACCUUUCCUGCAGCCUCUAUUUUGAAAAAGCCAGCUGUGUUGCCAUAUGUGUGAGCAAGAUGGGCAGGAAUCUGUCAGAAACAGCCCCCAGUCCAUAUCCAUUAGCCCUGUGUUGUGAAGGACUUGGCCACAUCAUUCCCUUUUUUAUUACUCAUAAAGUUUUCUAUUUUGUCUUUCACUCGGUCUGAAUAAUGAAGAAAUCCAAAGUCAUCAGCAUGUUAAAAAAAAAAAAAAAAAAAGCUUCAUUUAAGAAGUAGGGAGCAUAAGUGGAGAAAUGUGAAAAUGGGCAUCUUGUCUACAGAGCCAGGAUCUUUAUCUGCUGUAGCCUGAGAGCUGAUGAGGCUUGUGGCAGCUUCUGUUGGAAUCGUUUUCUGGUUUAAAUGUGUUUCCUCUAGGAAUCACCUGCUCACUGGCUCAGGCUGCUGCGUUGGUUUGUUUUCUGUCAUUUUCAUUGAUUGUGUUGUGUUUUACAUGGAGAUACUUCAGCCCACAGUGAAGUUCCAGCUGCAUCUCAAAUGGUUCCUCGCUUUCCUUUCCUAGCAUCCCCAGCUGCACAGCUUCCUGAACCCCCCUGGGUGUUACACCUGGAGGACACUGGCAGUGUCCUUAGGCAAAGAUGCUCAAGGUAUGGAUGUCUGAGGAAUGCAAUCAGGGUAGGCACCCCACAGGACUGCACCACUGUCCCUGUGCAGAGCUUGGGAAGGGCUGAAGCAGGCAGCAUUCCCAGCAGUGGGGUUUUCUCACUCAGAGUACCACUGAAGGCCUGCCUGGGGCAGGGGGUUGGAGCUUCAUGAUCCUUGAGUCCCUUCCAACCCAGGCCAUUCUGUGGUGCCACCUAUCAGCAGCCACAGCUCUGUGUUUUCUUGUGUUGUGGGUUGAUGCAAUCUACCAAACUCAUUGUCCUGGAAAACACCUUUGUUAAACAGACACAAACUUCAAAUCGCAUUAGAGAGUGUCAGCUUAUCGAAGAAUGAAUAAAUCCCCUGUGCUAUCAAUUGCUCUGCUGCUGCUAAGCUAUGUUUAUGACAUUCCUGUGAUGUGCUACUCAUCUAUGCUUGGAAUGAGUGCUUUUUCUAUUAAAAUUUUAAUUCCGAUCCUUAAAUCUUAACGUUAGUGUUCCAUUGUGCCUCAGGGCCUAAAAAUCACACAGUGACAAAAAGAUGUGCAGUGGAAUUUGUACAGUGUGCACUGACUUUUGAGGAAUAUACCCAAUGAAUAUUAAACAAAUGGCUGAAUCUCCCAGGGAGUCUCGCUCACAUGAAUGUUUUUCUCUUUUCCAAUCAUUUAUUUCCCCCUCUCUUUUGUUUUUUGGUUGUUGUUUUUUUUGACAGGAGGCCAUGCAGCAUAUAGCAGUUCUGCUCUGGCCAGGGGUGUUUGUUAAAAGGGGGUGAGGGAGUCGGGGUGACCAGUGCAUGAGCCUGCAGGCAGUGUCAGGCAAUUAGUAACUAUGGGUUCCAGGGCUUUUUGGUUACAGCUGGCUAUCCUAUGCCGUUGCUUUUUGCUGCAAGAGGAGAAAUGACACUUUCAGAUUUGAUAUCCGUGCCAGUGUGGAAUGCAGUUUUAUCCAGCAAGGAGAGGCAUUUCCCUGGAUGCAGGAAUGACUUGUGGCCUUAAGCAGCCCACUCUGGAGCAAGAGAGGUAUGGAUGUUUUUCAAAAGGUGGUCAGGAUUUGACUGUGUGUAAGAUAAGCAAAUAAAAUCCUUUCCUCCUAACUAACGGGGAGCAUGCACCCUUGAGAAGUGAGCAAAUAAUGGAAGAAAACAACUUUGUGUGCAAGCAGUGCUGGUGAGCUGUUUGGAGUGCAUCAUUGAUUUGGUACGGGUUGCAAUUUCAGUCCUAAGAUCUUAUUCCAUGUAUGGAUUAUACAAAAAAAAAAAAAAAUGGCCAAAUCUGGGGACGUGGUCUCCAGAAGUUCUUUUUUCUUUGCCACUCCUCAGCAGUGGGCUGCAUACAGGGCUGGGUCCUCAGCAGGAGCAGGGUUAGAAACCACGCCAGGAAAUGGCAUUUCACUCGGGAUUAAAAUGUCUGCAUGUAUUGUAAGCAUAAAAUCUUCUCUGUUAUACAAGUUUUAAAUGGAUUUAAAUAGCGUAUAUCAUUUAAUGAUUUAUGAUUUUUAUUCUGUUGUGGCCUUAUUAUCCCAAUUUUAAUGAGCAGCUCUUUAUUCUGAUGACUACUUCCAUUGACUUAAUAGGUUAAAUGCAGUGCACGAGAGGUUUUCAGGUCAGUAGUCGAGGUAAAAACAAGUGCUAGCACAAUCUUUUUAUACUAAGGAUUAUCUUUUUUUUUUUUUUUUACAGUAAUUUCACAUGUAGUUUUGUAAACUAAAGUUAAAGUAGCAUUCACUUCUGAAAUCUCAUCAUAAUUUCUUAUAGCCACUAUCUUUUUCAGGUAUGUGGUAAGUCUAGGUUAGUUUAAGUACCUGAAAGAACAGAUAUUACAAAUAUGUACUUAUAGUUCUUCAUGGCAAGAGAAUUUCCUUUCUUUGACAACAGAUCGAGCAUCAGGUGCAUCCCUUCAAAUGUUCAGCAUCCCAAUAUAUGGCAAAUAGCAAUGUUGGAGUACCAGUAUGUGUUAACAUUGCAGUUCUGUAUCUUUCAUGUACAAGUUCCAACCACACGAUGAGAUGAGUGAGUUCCAUGCUCUGUGCUGGUUUUUCAGCUGCCAUGCAGAAAACAAUACAUGGGUUUGAGCCAAAGCAUCCUCUGUUUCUUUUCUUUAUUAUUAUUACUUUAAACAACACAUUGUAAUUUCAUGAGAAAAGAUCAAAGCAAAUGUGGUGUCACCAUUACAAUGUUCCUUUAUGAGCUAAAUGUUAGUGUGCAUUGAUUAAAGUUUAGAGAACUGUGUUGUA